AUGGCAUCCCUCCCCAAAAGAAUAAUCAAGGAAACUCAGAAACUUAUCCAAGAUCCUUGUGAUGGUAUAAAAGCUGUACCAGACGAAAAUAAUGCAAGAUAUUUCUUGGUAUCUAUAGAUGGACCCAAAGACAGUGCAUAUGAGGGAGGUAUUUUCAACUUGGAGCUGUUUCUUCCAGAGGAUUAUCCUAUGACUGCACCCAAAGUCCGUUUCACAACUAAAUUAUACCAUCCAAAUGUUGAUCAGCUUGGGAGAAUUUGUUUGGAUAUCCUUAAAGAUAAAUGGAGUCCCGCUCUUCAAAUACGCACUGUUCUACUCUCAAUUCAAGCUCUACUAAGUGCACCAAAUCCUGAUGAUCCAUUAGAUGGAGAAGUUGCAUCACAUUGGAAGCAAAAUGAGCCAGAAGCUCUUGCUAAAGCACGUGAAUGGACUCAACUUUACGCUAAACAAAAUUAA